AUGGGCCUUCGAAAUCGCAACCGCACCCUGGCACCGGGGAACCGGCUGCAGCCGCUGGACGAGCUGGCAGGCGCCAAGAAGGCCAGCCCCUACGGCGGCGUGCUUCCUCCCAGCCCCUACGCGAGACUGCGCAAGUGCAAGCGCUUCCUGGGCAACAUCCAGUCAACAAGCACCCUCAAGGCUGCGCUGCAGGCGCGCAGCCACAAGGGAGAGGUGAUCCUGGUGGCCUUCAGCGAGCCAGAGCUGCCACUGGCGCUCAACAUGGUCCUCAACCUGCGCAAGCUCUCCUUCGAGCACUUCCUGCUGCUGGGUCUGGACGAAGCCUGCUGCCUGCAUGCCGCAACCGUCAUCUCUGACAUCGGCUGUGUGUGGACGAGCUAUCUGGCCAAUGGGGAGCUGAAUAUGUUCCCCAGGGAUGGGCUUGGGGGUGAGCGUGACAUCGAGAAGCUGCAGCUGCUCAGGUGGCACAUGGCGGCGCGUAUCGUGCGGCAGGGGUUGAAUGUGCUGACGAUGGACGCUGAGGGCCAUUUGAGCGACGACCCCUACGCAUACCUGAAGGCAUCGCCGCUGCAGACCGCGCACUUAGUCACCAUGACUCACGGCGGCUGGGGCGGCAUGACGGCCGGGUUUGUGUACGUCCAGAAUGCAGCGGUGAACGGGCCGGUCGCCUGGGCUCUGAGUGAGACUGUGUACAGGGCGCUUCAGUAUGCAGAGCACCCGGGGUUCAUGGAAGUGAAGGGCCUGUCAUCGCCAGGCAGCCUCCUGGAGAUGCUAAGGGACUCAAGCCUUCUGAACGAUGCAGCCGUCAGCGCCUGUGUCGGCCGGCCUGUGGGCUGGCACAGCAUCUGGCACAAUCACUGGGGCCGCGCAAAGAGCGACGAGCACUUCAAGAAGAUAUAUGAGGCUCACUCGCAGCUGGCAGAGGAGGAAUGCCACAGGAAGGACAGAGAUGUUGACCUGGACUCCGGGCUGCAGGCUCGCCUGGGCAUGAAGGGAGGCCGCUUUUAUGAUAUGCCGCUGCGGGUGCCUCACGAGUCAUCCGGGGAGCUGCCGGAGCGCCUCGGCGGCCGAGUGUAUCCGGCGGAGCCGGGGAGGCUGGGCCGAGAGUGGCGGCAGCUGCUGGAAGCCGAGCAGGGAACGCCCUGGAACACUACGGCUUCCGAGCAGCUGCUGCAGCCCGUCAUGUACGGGCGCUACAUGGAAUACGGGCACAACGGGUUGAGAAAUGGGGCGUUUUAUGUAGAGCCGCGGCCGGUGUUCUUCGCUCACAUGAUGGGCAUCAGAGCCGCGCUGCCCAGUCGCGCCAUUGUCAUGAAGGCGCUUGGCAUGUGGCACUGGGAGGUGGUGAGCAUGCUGGAGGAGGUUGGAUUCCAGCAGGGAGCGCCCCUGGCAGCGCGCAAGGUCCUGGCAUUUGCACCAGACGUGCUGCCUCUCAAGCUUGACUCCGAGCGGCAGGUUCGCGCCGCGCUGAUAGGCCUGGUGCAGCUGGCGGUGCUGUCUGGCAGAGUGCCAGUGUGGCCAGACUUUUCCUGCAAUUCCCCCUGGCUGUACGAGGAAGGGGCGUCACAGAAGAGCAACGAGAAAGACCCCAAGCGCUGGUUCGGGGCCGACUGGCGCUCGGACUUGGAGAUUGUCCCGCGGCAGCCGGUCGACGGCGCUCCUCCCUCGCGGCGAUGCCUGGUCUGGCACUAUUAUGACAUCCCCUGCAACGUGCAUGGGAUGAACCUGAUGGACUUCUUCUUUCUACGGGACGAUCUGCUGCCGCCAGAGAGGGCGCAGCCCAGCGCAAGGAACACCCUCCUGCAUAACUCCAAGGAGUCGGGAAUCGCCAAAUUUAGCAGCGCUUCUGACAUUGACUGGCUCGACUCCCACAUGAAGGAGAUUGGGGACGAGCCCAUCGCGUAUCUAGGAAGGGUGGUGAACAUAGAGAGCCUGGGGAGCCGAGAGGGGCUGGAGGAAGCCGUGGAGAAGGUGCAGGGCAGCUGCCUGGCAGGCAUGUUCCAGGUCAGCAUGGACCGGCGGAGGUACGCCGCUGUAGGGGCGCAGGCCGACAAGGGUGAGGUAAUCGCUAUGGAGGAGAUCCGCGCACUGGAGGAAGCCUCCCCGGCUGAAGCUGACAGGCUGGCUGGUCCAGUUGAAGAGGCAGCGGCGGCUUCUGUGGGGCAGCAUGCGGACAGGCAGGCAGGCGAGAAUGCCAGGAAGGCAGAAGUUGACCUGGCAGCUUCCGGUGCUGACAGCACUGAAGCCAUCAGGGAGCUGGACACGUUCGCCAACCUGGAGGAGCAAAUCAAUCGGCGAGCAGAAGGCGCGCAGAAAAGUGAGGGCCUCAAAUUCAAACAGGAUGCAGAUUCACGACGAAGUUCUGAGGAGGGGGCUGAGAAGGAGAGGGGCUCAGGGGAGAUGCAAGGGGGAAUGAAGCGGGAGAGAGAGGGCGAGGGUGGCCGAGAGACACUGCAGGAAGCGGGCCGGAGCGCGGAAGCUGCCGGGGAAGCUGGCCGGGAACCUUCCCCGGAAGCUGCGGAGGAGGCGGUGGACGAGGAAGCCGAGCAGAAGCAGGCAGAAAUUGACGCGAUCGCGGCGGAGGAGGCGGCGAGGAGGGAAGCUGAGAGGGAAGCUGCCGGGAAGGCGGCGGCUGCCGAGGCGGCCAGAAAAGAGGCGCAAGAGAGGGAGGCGCAGGAGCGCGCGGCGGCAGAGGACAAGAGGAUAAACGAGGCCGAGAGGGCGGAGCUGGACUUGGAGGGCAGCGGAGGAGAGCUAUUGGAUCCGCAGCAGCUGGGCUUCCACGAGCCUGAACGGGACGCUGCAGGGGUGAGCGAUGAAUCGGCGGGGAUGAGCGACGGCGCUGGAGAUCGGGGAGAUGACGCGCACGGACAGAGAAUCAAGGCACCGACACAAGAAGGAGCUGAGAACCGCCCUGCGUCAGAGGAUGCAACAGAUGCACUAGGGGGAGCGUUGCAGAGAGCUUCACUGUUGAAGCCGGGAUCAUCAGAUACUGGCGAAGAGCCUUUCACAGAAGGAGAGGGUCUUGACUCAGGUGGUGGGGAGCGCGAAAGAGCAGGGGAGCAAUUGAGGCAGAGGGGUGAUAAAGAAAUAGGUUCAAGGCCAGAGGAUGCUUUCGCGUCAGAGGAGAGGGAUAUUUUGGCUGACGAAGCACCGCGGCUGGUAGGCUACAGGCGAGCAAAGGAUGAGGCAACGCGUGAGAGCAACGAUGAAAAUAUUGGAGACCUAGAGGAGGGUGACAAAGAUGUUCAAGAGGGGGGUAGGAAAGAUAUAGAGGAGGGAGAUGAUAAGGAUGUAGGAGAGGGUGAUGAAAUGAUGGCACUGCUAGACGAAGAUGACGCUCGGCCUACUUAA